ACAAAAACAACAGCAGCAAAAACAACAACCAAUACGAGAAAACCACAACAACAAACGUCACACACACACACACACACACACACACACACACACAUACAGUACAGCGUAGCGUAACACGAGGGAAUAGCAGAGAAGAACAGGCGCGAGGCAAGCUGAGUGGCGGUGGAUGGAGCGAGAAGCCUGCGUUCCAAACCCGAGUGAGUCUCAGUAUUGCAGUGGCUGCGGUUGGUUGCAGAAGGGUGUAGUGCUCCGCCUUGCAAUUCACCUCCUGGCCCGUCUGUUGCUCACGCGCGCGCAAGUUGCGUGGUAGCAAGGAAGCCGGGGCCAUGAAGACGACCCGCUGCUGCACCAUUUGUAAGAACCACGGCCAGAAAGUUUCCAUCACUAGCCACGUUUGUCCCUUCACCGAAUGCCAGUGUUCCCUGUGUCAACUGACGCGCCUCUCACGGAGGGUCAUGUGCCACCAGCAGCGGUUCUGGAGGCACAAGAAGCUUGACAACAAAGGUUCCUCCACUCCUGACGAUGGCGCUGAGACAGCUGCUCACUCUCCAGAAGCAGGGCAGGUAGAGGAAGCCACAGAGGCGAAGGUGGCCAAGCAAAAACGCACUAAGCGGGAUGUGGUUUGUGAUAGAUGCCGGAACCAUAAUCAGUGGAAGCAAAAGCGAGGCCACAAAGGUCAAUGUCCCUUUGAAAAUUGUGAAUGUUCCUACUGUUCCUUUACCAGCAGGCGGCAACAACUCAUGAAACACCAGCAGCGCGUUCGCAGAGCAAUGGUUUCCACCCCUGGACCACACGACAACACAGAAAUGACAAUGGUACAAUUAUCAAAGGAAGUCCUCGACCUCUCUUCUCACCUUCCUUCUAGCGAGCAUGUGUCUUCUACCAUGUCUCUUACUUCCACCAUCCCAAUGUCUUCUUCCUCUGGUUCUUUUUCUCCUAACUCCUCUUCCUCUACCUCGACAACUCCCUCUCUUUCCUAUUCUUCUAUUCCACUGACAUCUACUGGUCCACAAGUUUCCUCUAUAUCCCCAUCUUUUACAACCUCCUAUUCAUCCAUUCCUUUUCCUUCAACUAGUCUUUCAUUGGCAUCAUAUCAAGGAAACACAGUAAAUGCAGAGAAUCACUCACCUUACCAACCUACACCACCAAAGCCUUCACUACAGGACAUGAGGGAAAAGAUUACAGGGGAUAGGGCAACACACACGCGAUCCCUCCCUCUGUCUCACUCAGCUAUCUGCACCAACUCAACAUUCCUGCCACUGCCUGGUGCCACCACUCCACCACUCCCCGUGACCAAUUUCACACAAAGAGAGCUGGACCCUUCAAAUGCUCAUGACCCUAAGGAGAAGACUGAUCCCUACAGAACACCGCACUCCUCCCCACAUCUUGUCACGCAGGAACUAGAGGCUCUACACAUGAGGGAGGAAAGAGAAAUUCUUCCUGGGAGAAGUGCAUCAUUCCCAUCAGGAAACCACAAAGUCCUGAGACCACAACCCAUUGGUCGCUCCUGGCUGCCACCCCAUACCUUGUACCCUGAAUGGAACACCUACUCUGCACCCUGUCAUCCUCCUCAUCCACCUCAUCCUCCACCACCACCACCACCACCACCUGCACCACCAUCACUUCCUUCCUCAUAUGGUCUUCAUGCACUUUCCGACAAGAGGAUAGUGGCAGCUCAAACCCACGUUCCCUCCUUGUAUCCUGGAGCAUGGUGCUUGCGGUGCUGUCUUCAAGAAGCAUAUGUGCACACCAGGUCAUAUAGUGAUCCACUGACCCAUGCUAACCACCUGCCAACCUUGCCUUCAACAAGCACUAACCCAUUUCCCACAGCAGUCAGCAAAGAAUCUGUAUUUUGUGGUUCUCGAUUUAUACUUGAUACAAAUGUUUCUCAAACAUUUACAUCAUACAAAUAACAGAAACACUAGGUGCAUGAGAUCUAUAACACACACACACACACACAC